AUGACGCUUUCUGGGGAGACCUACUUCCAGGCCAUGGAGCCCAAGCCGUACGUCUCGACCGGCCUACCAUUUGAGCAGGCCUGCAAGCACCACGCAGUCGAGUCCUUUGGGGCAAGCAGAAUCUACAUCAUAGUCUCCAAGACUAUCAGCAAGACGCAGGACUUCACGGCGCUCUGGGAGACCCUUGGUGACAGAGUGGCCGGGGUCAGGUACGGCAUCACGCCGCAUGUCCCAGGGACCGAAGUCUUGGAGCUUGCCAGAGACCUCGCUAGCCUCCGUGCCGACUUGUUAGUGACACUUGGUGCUGGAUCUCUGACCGACGCGGCGAAAGUGGCAGUGUUUGCCGCGGCGAACAGCGCCUUUACACUCGAGGCGCUCGACGAGCUCCACGCUCGAGCUCAGCCAGAUCCGGCGGCGCUGAAGGGCUGCUCGAUCCCGACAAUCAACAUCCCCACGUCGCUCUCGGGCGGCGAGUAUAACCCGUCCGGCGGCGCGACCGACUUUCGCAGUCAUCGCAAGACGUCCUUCCAACACCCAACAAUGGGCGCGCAGCUUGUAAUCCUCGACCCGGCCCUGACAGUGUCGACGCCUGAAAGGGUUUGGCUGAGCUCGGGAAUGCGCGCAGUCGACCACUGCGUCGAAGGGUUGUGUUCGACGUUCUUUAGGCCCGGCGAGGGCGGCGGCGGUGGCGGCGGCGUCGACAUUCAGGCGGUUGUCGAGAAGUAUCUGAUCAAAGGAUUGUCGUUGCUGCUGCCGGCCCUCCUGGUGACCAAGCAGCGGCCCGAAGACCUCGAUGCGCGGCGGGACGAGAUGUUGGGGGUGAUUGAGGCACUCAGAGGCAACAAGCUAGGCGUCAAGAUGGGCGCGAGCCAUGGCAUCGGUCACCAGCUAGGGCCUCUGGGCGUUGGGCACGGCGAGAUAAGCUGCGUGAUGCUCCCGUCGGUGUUGAGGUGGAAUCGGGAACACGGGGACGCGUGGGUCGAGAAGCGCCAGGAAAAGAUGCUCGAAGCCUUCUGGGCUAGCAGCACGGUCGCGGAGACGCUGAAGCGCAGCGGCUUGUCGCGGGAGACGGCGGGCGCGGGCGACGCUGUCGCUGCCUUUGUUGCCGCACUGGGCCUGCCAACCUGCCUCCAAGACGUGGGAAUUGGAAGAGAAAGGCUGGAGGGGCUUGCAGAGAGCGCCAUGACGGACCGUGAUAUUCCCACAAACCCAGUAGCAAUUCGCGACAAGGAACAGGUUCUGCAGAUUUUGGAGAUGGCACUGGAAAGGCCAGCAGUAAAGCAAUAA